AUGGCGAAGAUUAUGAUCCCUGCUAGCAAGCAGCCUGUCUACAAAAAAUUGGGACUUCUUCUGGUUGCUGUGUUUACAGUGUAUGUGUUCUUUCAUGGUGCUCAGUAUGCUAGAGGUUCUGCCCCAACCCCAAAAUACAGUACCGUGCUAUCGUCACACUCGGGCUAUAAGUACUCGAAAGUGGAACUACCAAAGUAUAGCGGUCCCCGUGAAAAGGCCACUUUUGUCACUCUAGUGCGUAAUAGAGAUCUUUAUUCGUUGGCCGAGUCUAUCAAGUCCGUCGAAGAUAGGUUUAACUCCAAGUUCAAUUAUGAUUGGGUGUUUUUGAACGAUGAAGAGUUCACUGAUGAAUUCAAAAACGUUACAUCAGCUUUGGUUAGUGGUAAAACAAAAUAUGGUCUCAUCCCACAGGAGCAUUGGUCCUUCCCUGAUUGGAUUGAUGAAGAGAAAGCUGCUCAAGUGAGAAAAGAAAUGGGUGAGAAAAGAAUCAUCUACGGUGAUUCCGAAUCUUAUAGACACAUGUGUCGUUUUGAAUCAGGCUUCUUUUACAAACAUCCUUUGAUGGAUGACUAUGAUUGGUAUUGGCGUGUGGAACCUGAUAUCAAGUUGCACUGUGAUAUUGACUACGAUGUUUUCAGAUUCAUGAAAGACAACAAGAAAAAGUAUGCCUUUGCCAUUUCCAUUAAGGAGUAUGAAGCCACCAUCCCCACUUUAUGGGCGACUACUCGUAAAUUCAUGGAAUUACACCGUGAUCUUAUCCAUGAAAACAAUAUGUUAGACUUUGUUAGCGACGAUAAUGGUCUUUCAUACAAUUUGUGCCAUUUCUGGUCUAAUUUUGAAAUUGCUUCGUUAGAUUUGUGGAGAUCUCCAGGAUAUAGCGCAUACUUUAAUUACUUAGAUCAAGCAGGUGGAUUCUUUUAUGAAAGGUGGGGUGAUGCUCCGGUACAUUCUAUUGGUGCUGCGCUGUUCUUGGAUCGUUCUGAAAUCCAUCACUUUGGUGAUAUCGGUUAUUACCAUGUUCCAUUUCACUCCUGUCCAAUAGACACAAGUAUCAGACUGGCCAACAAAUGUGAUUGUGAUCCAAGCAAAGAUUUCACAUGGCACAGUUAUUCCUGCACUACUAAAUUCUACAAUUUAAACAUGUUGCAAAAACCUGCUGGUUGGCAAAACCAUAUCGGUUGA